AGUUUUAAGCUGACUGACAUAUCGUACGGACGUAUAAUUAUUUUAAUUUUAUUUGUUAUCCGCGCUCGAUAAAUUUUAAAAUUAAAACACCUAUAUAUUUUUUAUUUAAUGCUUAUUAUAAGUUGCAAAUUUAAAUUGUUUAUUAAUUCAGUUACGUUUAUUUUAAGUGCUUGAAUAUAAUUUACAUUACUUUAAAAAAUGUGACGUUGAAGUUGAAUGACUACCGAAAAUUGUGAACAAAUAUUAUUUAAUAAUUUUGUUAAAUCAGAAUAAUUAUGAAGUGUUGUUGAAAUUUUAUAAGUGAGAAUUGGACAAUUACUUUAUGUAAAAUGUUUUCUUAUUGGAGUCAACGCAUUUUAUUUAUGUGCGUCGUGUUAUUAGAUCAAUUAUCGACGCACCAAAGCUGGAGCACAUUGUUGUUGAAGAUCUGAGUAAGAUGCCUAAUCUGAAAUCGUUGUAAGUAAUAUUUAUAUUUCAAAAAAUUUGUUUUGUUGUCCAACUAAACUAAAAAUAAAAUCGAUAGUGUACUUUGAACUGCACUUGUACAAUACUCUGGAAGCGAUCUCCCCGUUCUGUAUGAUUAAAAAAACACAUUACAGACUUCUGCAAUAGGGAGUUUAAGUUCUGCAUUAGCAAUCAAAAAUGUUAUGAACACUAUUAACAAACUUACAACUAGUCUUUUAUUAUCGCUUUAUUGCAUGCCGUAAUGGUCUAAGCGCUUCGGUAUGUUCUACUAGGGCCUAAAAUUUAUUUUAAGUGUUAGCUAUCUCUUUACCUAUCUCCUUCUUUUUUCGUUUACUAAAGAGAGAGAGAGAAAGAGAGAGAGAGAGAGAGAGAGAGAAAAGCAGCUAUAAUCAUUUCUAUUUCUAUGAGCAAGGCCGUAAAAAAACUAACGACGGUGUCUAAUUUAGUAGGUUUAGUAGUUAUAUAAAUAAAAGUUUUUAUUGGGUAAGAUGUAAGAUUUACGCGUCAUUUGCACAUACCUCAAUAUUAACACAAUAAAUAAUAGAACAAUAAAGUUCGCUGCGCCGCGCCGCUCCAAUAUUUUGGAUAAACUAAACAUUUAUGUUUUCUUUAUAUGAUUUUUGAAGAAAACGGUUUUCCAUGUUUCACACAUUUGUUAGGUUUAAUAAUCAUAUAAUAGUAAUCCAAAAAUUAUAAUUGGAGCCCGAAAUGUUAUUCUAACAUGAUGGAAUCUUGACUAGUACCUCUUUAUCAACUAAGUUUCAAUUGGAAUUAAAUUUCUUCAUAAGAUUAUAAUAUAAGAUAUAAAUUUCUUCAUAAAUAUUAAGAUUCUGCUUCUGAGUCAGUUUAUUUAAACAAAUAUAACAAGAAUAUUUACGCAUAAAUCGCAACAAUAUCAUAGACUGUUUUCUACCGACUUCAAAAAGGAGUAGGUACUCAAUUCGACUGUAUUUUUUAUCUGUGUUACCUCAUAAUUUUUUUCCUGGGUGAACCGAUUUUGAUGAUUCUUUUAUUAUUUGAAAGCCGGUUAUUCUCAUGUGGUCCCAUAUAAAUUUAAUCAAGGCCAGAUCAAUAGUUUUUGAGUUAUUCAUAAUAAUGUAUAUUGAAGUCGGUUGUACAAAAUUUUUAAUUUUAAAUUAUCGAGAAAAAAGUAUAAGAAAAUAUUUCCAAUGUAUUGCGGUCAUGUUAAAAGGAUUAUUUAAUAUAUCAGUUUUACAUAGAUUGAAUUUGUUGACUUAACUAAAAAUAUGUACAUCUUCAUAAUAUUUAGGAAAUCUCCUCUUAAUUUGGUAUUAAUGCUAUACAUAGCUAAAAUAUCACAGUGUACGAACGUUGACUUUUGGCUUUGGAAUACGUAUUUAUUAUGUUUAACGUUAUCACAGGUUUAUUGCUAGAGAUUUAGGAGCUUAUGUUUCUUUAUCACACACAAAAAAAAUGUAAAACAAAGAUGGUUUAAUGAAUUUUUAUUUGCGUCACUGGUAAAUAUCACAUUAUUUAUUUUGUUAAAAAAAAUCCGCACGAACAUCUCUUUCGCAGCAACUUUUAUUUAAGCAUGACUGGCUUUUCCUACACGGAAAUAAAUAAAAUAUAACCUCUACCCAUAUUCAGGGCAAAUAUGCUAAAAACAAUAAUAAAUCUGUAGUGAGUGCACAGAAUAGCAAGUUUUUAUGCUUUAUUUAUCCCAUGCAAACAAAGACAAUGCAUACGAAGAUACGCUUUAUGAUUUUCUUAACGAUUCCCUUGAUACUUUGUAAUUUAGACGUGAUGUAUUAAUAAACAAACAGACAUACAAUUCUAAAUAUGUUAGAAAUGUAUUUAAUCACUCAUUUUUUGUACCUCUCUAACAUUACUUAAGUAUUUUGAUUUUGUUACAUAAAUAUGCAAUGUACAAAUACUUGCUACUUACAUUUUUAUUAUAUGUUUAGAAGAAGAAGAUUGUUCUCUAUCCAGGGUAACAGCGACAACAGCGUGUACUGUUUGUUGGGUUCCGGUCUAAACAUAGAGCAACACCGACCACUUUUUAUAUAGAAUAAGGGUGACAAACGAGCACACAGUCCACCUGUUGGUAAUUGGAUACUUUGGCCCAUAGACAUCUACAUUUAUCCUCCAUUGAGAAUCAAAAUUCAGAUGCGUUAUCGACCCUGAGGACUAAGAUAGAGUGCUUUGUUUCCAGUAAAAAGGGUCUCCGGUUCUCUACACUUACCAUACGAAACACAGCAGCAUUAAGCUACUAUUUUACGCUGGUAUUCUGUGAGAGCAUGGUCCUACGCCGGUCGAGCCGACCCAUUCGUGCUACAACCAUAAUAUACCUGCAGCAUGGCUCUACCACAUAACUAAACUUGCUCUAUGUGUCUAAACAGUGGAGGGUAAAGAGAGGCAAUAUAAUAAAAGACUAUUUGGCAAUUCAUCUUAAUCCUCGGUGGUGACUAGUGACAAUGCUGUUUGUUGCUUUUUUGGUUGCAGGUGUCCAUGAGCUUGAGCAGCCAUUUAACGUCAAGUGUAUGUUAGCUCGUUUGUUAUCAAAUGUUAUAAAUAAAAAACAUAUUUUUGUUUACAUAAUCUAUAAGCUUGUAAUGCCAGUUACUAGACUCCACGGAAUUAGUAAUUCAUUUAUGGGGCAAUGUAUACGCUUUUACAACAAAAUCCCAGAACAUGUUCAAAGUUUGUCAAUAAACAAGUUUAAAAGUUUUAUUAAAGAAAAACUGUACAAAAAGGGUUAUUAUAAUAUCAAGGAAUACAUGAAUGAAAAUAACCCCUGGGAAUAAGGUGAUCGCCACCAUGCUGGUUCUAUGAAAAUUAAUUUAAAAUUGUAUAAACAAAAUUAUUGUUAAGUGAAAUUAUGUUUAAAAAAAAGUCCCGCUGGGUUUCUUGCUGGUUCUUCCCAGGACAGAGGUAUUUUCCGAACCAGUGGUAAAUAAAGUAAUGACUUUCAAUAAGUAUCGUGUAAUAAUCUAUAUUGAAUAAAAAUCAUUCUACUCUAUUCUAUUCUAUUCUAUACAUAUCUAUAAAUGAGAUUUAAGUGAAUGUCUGUAAUACUGAAAUAACAUUUGAGACAAAUAACCAUUUUUAAAAAUUUUGUCUGUCUGUAUGGGCUUAUAUUUUUUUUAUUUAUUUAUUUAUUCCUUAUUGUGUUACACCUUUAUCUAAGGAUUACAAUGGGCGGACUUAAUGCUAAAUAAAUAUUCGGGAUGGCUGAACCGACUGUAAUGAAACUUUACGAACAGAUAUAUAAAGAGUAAUGCCAGACAGGAUGUAUUAUAUUAUACUCGUAUAUUAUUAGUUUGUUUAUAGUUUUGUUUGUAUUAUUUGUUGGUAUUUGAUUAUUUUAAGACUCAAUAACGUAAAUAAAUAAUGACGAACUGGUAAGACAUACAGGAAGGUAGUAGUAGUAGUAGUAGUAUAUACUUUAUUGUACACCACACAUAUACAACGAAUAAAUACAUUACAGAGAAAACUUAAUAUAUACGUAUGUACAAUAAGGCGGUCUUAUCGCUAAAGAGCGAUCUCUUCCAGACAACCUUUGGGCUAAAGAGAAACUGGAAUUAAGAACAGUAGGAGGUGGUGCGCUUUAUGUUACACUUACAUAUUAAUAUCUAAAUAAACUAAACUAUAUUUUGUUAAAAUACCACAAUAAUACAU